AUGUCAGUUGUGGAGCCUUCGGCGUGGGUCUGCAUCAUAGAGCCUCUUAUAGUCUCUGCAACAGGGAGUAGUGUUUUAUAUGUUUAUGUCUUCAAAGCUAAUCCAACACAUCUCAAUGGUCCAGCAAAAUUCAUGGACAUGGACAUGGUUCUGGGCGCUGUGGCGCUGCUAGCGACGGUGGCGCUGGCGGCGGAGACGACGUCGACGACGCAGAAGGGCGCAGGUGGCGCGACGGAGAGCGGCGGCGGCGACAAGGAGAAGCGCACGGCGACUGGCGCGCGCCUGGCGUUGACACCCGGCAUCAAGUACGCAUCCGGCGCGGGCCCUCAAUUGCCCGCACAGCACUACGCCCAGCAGCAGCAACAGCAGCAACAACAACAACAGCUGCAACAACAACUACAGCAGCAGCAGUACUUCCAGCCGCAGCGAACAGAGUUCUACCAACAGCAGGCGACUCCAGCGCAGCAGGGCUACUACCUGCAGCAGAGCUUCCAGCCGCAGUACAACCUGCACUACGCGCAGCAACAGGCGCAGCUGCAGCAACAACAACAACAGCAGCAACAGCAGCAGCAACAACAACAGCAACAGGCGCAAGCGCAGCGCUACCAGUUCGUGCCGCGCGCGCAGAGCGUCGCCACGAGCGCAGCGGCUGCGGCGGCGGCGGGAGGCGCUCAGCACGUGCAGUACCUGCAGCCCGCCCCGGCCGCCGCCCCCGCCACCGCUCCCGCCGCGGUGCAGUUCCUGGCGCCGCAGCAGCUGCAGUAC